UGGAAACGAACAGAGAUGAUGUCUUCUCUGGUUAGUGGUUAGUGAGUGGAGGUAUAAGAGAGCUUUAAUGGUGGAGGAAGAAGGCUCACACUCGCACGCAAGCUUAGAAGUAGGAAGAAGUCCUAUACGAUAGAUAGUAUUGGGUCUUCUCCCUAUUUUAUUGUUUCUCUAGUCUCAAGCUCUGUCUUAUUCCUUGCCGCCGUCUCCCUUCGGCUGUUACGGAAAGGGUUGAUCCCUGAGAUUGGGAGCCCGGGCCGAUUCCUAUCAAGUUUCAUCUUUUCAGGUCUGGUUACGUUUGUGGUGAAGAUGGUAUAGCCUAGAACAGAGAGAGUAGUCGGUAUUUGAUGGUUAUAUCUUUGUGAAAGGAACAGAGACAAUGAUUAACAUAAAGCUUGCUUCCACGUACCUCUACCUGCUAAUAUACAUAUUGCUUUCUUCCGGAGUCAUUUUGUACAACAAGUGGGUUCUGUCUCCGAAAUACUUCAACUUUCCGUUUCCUAUAACGCUGACCAUGAUUCACAUGGGCUUUUCCGGAGCCGUUGCAUUUUUUCUUGUUCGGGUUUUCAAGGUUGUUUCUCCUGUGAAAAUGACAUUUGAAAUAUAUGCAACAUGUGUCGUACCGAUAAGUGCCUUCUUUGCAUCAAGUCUUUGGUUUGGCAACACUGCUUUCUUGCACAUUUCUGUGGCCUUCAUUCAGAUGCUCAGAGCAUUAAUGCCUGUGGCAACAUUUAUCAUGGCUGUUAUGUGUGGCAUCAGCAAACCAAAGUGUGACGUCUUCUUGAGCAUGUGGCUGAUCAGUGUUGGAGUUGUCAUUUCCUCAUAUGGGGAGAUUCAUUUUAAUGUAAUCGGUACAGUUUACCAGGUUAUAGGCAUAUUUGCUGAAGCUCUUAGGCUGGUCUUAACUCAAGUCCUUCUACAAAAGAAGGGCUUGACUCUAAACCCCAUCACCAGCUUGUAUUACAUAGCUCCGUGCAGUUUUGUGUUUUUGUUUGCGGCUUGGUGUUUACUGGAGAAGACUCAGAUGCAAGUUUCCCAGGACCAGAACGAGUUUAACUACUGGAUCUUUUUCUCCAAUGCUCUUUGUGCUUUGGCCUUGAAUUUCUCCAUUUUCUUGGUAAUUGGUAGAACAGGAGCAGUUACCAUCCGAGUUGCUGGCGUUGUUAAAGACUGGAUGUUGAGAGCCCUUUCCACUGUAAUAUUUCCAGAGUCCACAAUAACAGGGUUGAAUAUAAUUGGUUAUGGGGUUGCAUUAUGUGGCAUUUUCAUGUAUAAUUACCUAAAGGUUAAUGAAGUUCGAGUAUCUCAACAAUCUCCUUAAAGUAUGCCUGAAAGAAUCACUAAGGAUUUUGAUGAAGAAACGCCUCUACUUUCAACAUCAAGGUUAUCUCGCAUUGGACGUUCUUCGCAGCUCAUGCAUGAUUCAUGACAGUGUAAAGGCAAGCGGCCAACAAUGAUAAUUAUCUAAAAGGGAAACCCAAUCGUAGGAGGAAGCCAGCUCACGUGCACCCUAAGGCCUUGUUUGUUUUUAUAACUAUUCUCAUCUCGUCUCGUCUCAUUAUUAUAACUUUUAUCUCAACUUAUCUCAUUUCAUCUGUGAAAACAAACGAGACCAUUCGUUCUUUCGAGACCAUAUAUUAUUUUCAUACAUUUCCAGUUUCAAAGACGAUUCAUAUGUAUUUACUUAUUUGUAGCAUAAUGAUAAAAUCAAAGUCUUAAAUUUGUAAAA